GAAAUUUAUUGGACCAGGCCCAAUUGUUGUACAAUAAGAGUCUGGAUUCUCCCUUUCUAAACCUACUACAGCCUCUGCGUGGAAACUCCAGCUACAUCUUCGGCCGCCACUCCGUCAUCCUUGUCCGCGACGCCUCCGUCCGCAACUCUCACUCAGUUUCUUUUAGGACAAGAGACAUGAAGUUCAUCGCCGCAUACUUGUUAGCUGUGCUGGGAGGCAAAGCCAGCCCUUCCGCCGGUGACAUCAAGAAAAUCCUUUCCUCUGUGGGUGCUGAGUCUGAUGACAGUAAGCUUGAGUUGCUCUUGUCUCAAGUUGAGGGGAAAGAUAUCACAGAGUUGAUUGCAGCUGGAAGGGAGAAAUUAGCUUCCGUACCAAGUGGUGGUGGUGCUGGUGCUGUGGCAGCUGUUGCUGCUGCACCUUCCAGUGGCGGUGGGGCUGCCCCAGCUGCUGAAGAGAAGAAAAAGGAAGAGAAGGUUGAAGACGAAUCCGAGGAGGAUAUUGGAUUUGAUCUUUUUGGAGGAGAUGAUUAGAUUUGUUUUACUUUUAUAUGUUUGUUUGGAGAAUACUAUCAAAUUUUAGCAUCCCUUCCUGUUUUUUACUCUCUAAUGAAGACUCCUAAAUUUUUUUCUUCCUAUUGUAUUACUACAAUAGGCUGAAUCAUGAACAUGACAUCUCCAUCUUCAUUCCCCUUCUAUUAGAACACCAGAUUGCCAAUUUUACUCGCUUUCUAUUAUCAUAGACAAUAACACAUCUAUGUUGGUUUGACAAUGUAUUAAAAUUAAAUUAAUUGUUUUUGAAAUUUUACUCUUGAUUCAAGUAUUCAGUUGUCUCAGGAGCAAGCCUU